CUCUAUGUUUGUGUUGUAUGGGAACCUGACGCGGCUCCUCGAGCUCGUCCUGUAAUCUAACAGAGCAACAGCAGAACUCUAAUCUGGUGUCAUGAGUGCUCCAGACUCCAGCUGCAGGUCAGUUCCUGUGGAGCAUCUGGACUACAGCUUCAUCCAGAGCUGCUCUGACCUCAAACAUCUGGAGCAGAUCCUGAGAGUUCUGCGGUCCGGUCAGGAGGGUUUUUACCCUCAUCUGAUUGAGUUCUGUGAGAGACACAUAGAGAAACUGGACCCAAAGUCUCGAGUCCUCAGGAAAGAGAAUCGCGCUGCAACUGCUUCCUGUUUCUCCACGGAGGAAUGGAGGAACAUCUCUGAAGACCUGCAGAUGUGGGAGAGAAACAUCAGAACAGAUGAAGCGGAGCUGAAGCGAAGCGCCAUAUUCAGUGAUGCUGAAAACGUGCCGCCUGUUCGUUCCUCAAACGGCCUCGUUCAGAGAAGCAGCAGCGCUACAGUGAAGACUGUGAGAGAGUCCUGCGGCCCGCGCUCCUACAGAGACUGGGACAGGUUUGAUGUGGAGGCAGAGGUCAGUAAGAUCGACGAGAGCCACACAAACACUCUCCGUCCAGAUCCUCCUUCAGUCCAGCAGACGGUCAGCAGCAGCUCAGCUCUGACAGCGCAGGAGAAAGACGUUCUCGCCCGCCGGGAGAAAGACAAAGGCAACGAAGCUUUCAGAAGUGGAGAUUACGAGGAGGCCGUGGCGUAUUACAGCAGGAGUCUGUCUCUCGCGUCUUCAGCCGCUGCAUUCAAUAACCGCGCGCAGGCUCACAUCAGACUACAGCGCUGGAGCGCGGCCCUGAGCGACUGUGAGGCGGUGUUACAGCUGGAGCCAGAAAACAUCAAGGCUCUCCUGCGUCGCGCCACUGUGCACAAACAUCUGGGUCACCAGCAGGAAUCACAUGAUGACCUGAGAGCCGUUCUUCUGAUGGAGCCGCACAACACCACAGCACUGAAGCUCCUGACGGAAGAGACGGCGCAGCAUCAGGAGAGACGCAGCACAGGCAGGAAGAUCCUCAUUCAGGAAGUGGAUGAAGGUGAGGAUGAGUGUCUGUGGAAAGANGUCUCUCGGCUCUGCUGCUGCGCCUCCAUCUCCACCUCCUCCAGCAGCUGA